GCCCGGUCCUUUUGCGCGGCUGCCCUCCUGGCUCCGACGGAGAAGCCUGGAACCGUCCGCUUCUCCGGCUCCGCCCCGCAUGGGAGGCGGCAGCUUGCGAGCCUGCGGGCCCCAUCGCCGCUCUUUCGAAGCAACAGGCAGGGCAGGGCUGGUUUAAUCAAGGGGGCUUGGGGCGCUAUUGGGAUACAGCCCCGGCCCUUCUCCGCGAAGUCCCAUCCGGCAACUCUAAAGCAAAAUCAGUGGCAGCAAGCCAGCAUCACCGUUGGGCCUUGAGGUGGUACCACCACCGGCCCAACCAGUCUCCAGAGGCCAUGUUUCCACAGCCCCUCAUGCCUGUGGUGGCGAGAGGCAAAGAGAUGGGCCCCACUUCAGUGCGCCGGGCCACUGUGUCUGCCAGGAGCCGCUCGCGAGGCGCCAAUGGCACCAUGCUCUUGCCAUCCAUGUUGAUGUUUGGCGUGAUUGUGGCCUCCAGUGGGCUACUCCUGAUGAUCGAGAAGGGGAUUUUGGCCGAUGUGAAGCCCCCACCACUCCAUCCCUCACACGGAGAGCAGCCCUGGAGAGGAGUCAGCAAUGCCAGAGCAGUGCCGGAGGAUGUGGGCUACCAGGUGUUGCAGGAUAUCCGGAAUCGGACAAUCCGCACGAUGUGCGGGCAAAAAAACAUGCCUCACAGUGUCUGGGACCUCUCGGUGGGCCAGAGGAGGACGCUGCUCAAACACAUCCUGGUUAGUGACAAACAUCGCUUUCUAUACUGCUAUGUCCCCAAAGUGGCCUGCUCCAACUGGAAACGGAUUCUUAAAGUUUUAGAUGGCGCACUGGAGAAUGUGAAUGUGAAGCUUAAAAUGGACCACAAAAGGGACUUGGUGUUCCUAAGUGACAUGAAGCCAGAUGAGAUCCGUUACCGACUGAAACACUAUUUCAAGUUCAUCUUUGUCCGGGAUCCCAUGGAAAGACUUUUAUCAGCUUAUAGGAAUAAAUUUGGAGAAAUCAAAGAAUACCAGUUGAAGUAUGGUGUGGAAAUAGUAAAAAGGUAUAGGAAAAACCCUGGGAAAAGCACAGGUGAUGAUGUCACCUUCUCUGAAUAUCUCCGGUAUCUCUUAGAUGAAGAGGUGGAGAGAAUGAAUGAACACUGGAUGCCCAUCUACAAUUUGUGCCAGCCAUGUGCAGUGAGGUACGAUUUCAUUGGAUCCUAUGAAAGGCUAAAUGAGGAUGCCAGUUACGUCCUUGAAAGGGUUCAAGCGCCCUCUUUUAUACGCUUCCCAGAACGGCAAUCGUGGUAUAAGCCAGUGACUCCUGAAACUCUGCAUUAUUAUCUAUGUAACACUCCAAAGGGGCUUGUAAAAGAGCUCUUACCAAAAUACAUUCUGGAUUUCUCAUUGUUUGCGUACCCUCUUCCCAAUGUUACCAGCGAAUUUUGCAGGCAAUGAAACUUUUCCACUGUGAAGCAAUUUGUGUCCUAUGCAAUUUCCUAAUUUUAUACUUCUUACAAACACCUUUGACUUCAAAUGCCUUCCUAUAUAUGUUGCCUUUACAUUAAAAAAAAUAGCUUUGACUUUUUAUACAAUAUGUAUACGCGCCGCUGAGUUAAGCACAAUAUUUGUAAUUUGGGCUGUGUGUUUUGUAUAUUUUAGGAACAAUGCAUUUUUGUAGUCACUAGAUUAUCAACUGCAGGACAGUCUCAUUUCAGGUAGGAACUGUAGUAACAAGGAUGUAAGCUAUCAAUGGCUACUAGCCCUGAUGGUCAUGUGCUACCUCCAGUAACCGAGGCAGUAAGCCUGUGUGCACCAGUUGCUGGGGAACAUGGGUGGGAGGGUGCUGUUGCACCAUGGCC